GAGUUCUCGGUGAUCCAUUAUCUUAGAGUCAUUUUGUUUCGGUAUCAUAUUGGAGAGCUUCGUUCUGGUGACGACUCGGCCCGAGUCUUUGAACCAUGUUCUGGAGUGCAUCUUCAAGCCCAAAGCUCCACCCUCCGCCUUGCAUCUUCACAGCGGUGUCUUAUCUUUUCCACUCUUUAACAGUUACAAGUAACCCAAUCGAGAAAUCGGAAUGGAGUCCAGCAGGAAACCUCAUGUAGUUUGUAUCCCACUCCCAGCCCAAGGCCACAUUAAUCCCAUGCUAAAACUUGCCAAGCUUCUUCAUUAUACCGGAUUUCACAUCACUUUCGUCCACACAGAAUUCAACUAUAACAGAUUGCUCAAGUCCAAGGAUUCAGAUCCACUAGACAUAAUACAUGACGAUUUUCAAUUCCGGACCGUUGCUGAUGGCUUGCCAGCGUCCAACCAGCGAGGUAUAUUGGAUCUUCCUGACCUGUGCGUAGCCAUGCCUGUGCACUGCAAACAAUCAUUCAAGCAACUCAUAUCGGAACUGAACUCUUCCCCUGAUGUUCCACCUGUUUCUUGCAUAGUUUCUGAUGGUGUCAUGAGCUUCACUUUGGAAGUAGCUCGAGAAUUCCGAAUCCCCGAAAUCCUGUUCUUUACGCCCAGUGCUUGCGGGAUGUUAGGCUAUCUUCAGUACGAAGAGCUCAGAGAAAGAGGCUACUUUCCCCUGACAGAUGAAAGCUGCUUUUCUAAUGGAUAUCUUGAUACUGAGCUUGAUUGGAUACCGGCAAUGAAAGGGAUUCGACUAAAAGACCUUCCCUCGUUCGUCCAAUCCACGAAUCCUGGAGACAUAAUGUUCAAUUACAACCUAAAGUCACUACAAAAUGCUCUGAGGACAAGCAGCUUAAUUCUCAACUCAUUUGAAGAUUUGGAAAAAGAAGUUUUAGAUGCUAUAAGAAUAAAGUUUCCAACUUUGUACACGAUUGGACCCCUAUCAAUGCUUGAACAACAACUCCGCGGAGGGAAUUUGGAUUCCCUCGAUUCCAGCUUGUGGAAACAGGACAUGGGAUGCAUAGAUUGGCUUGACAAGAAGAAACCUGGAUCAGUUGUGUAUGUGAACUAUGGGAGUUUGGUAAUUUUGACUCCAGGUCAGUUGAGGGAGUUUGGUUGGGGAUUAGCCAAUAGUAAACAUCCAUUCUUGUGGGUGAUUAGGCCUAAUCUUGUAAAUGGUGGGACACAGGUCAUAUCUCAUGAUUUCUUGGAUGAAAUCAAGGACAGAGGACUGCUGCUUGAUUGGUGCCCACAAGAGAAAAUUCUCGGCCAUCCUUCGAUUGGAGGAUUCUUGACACACUGUGGGUGGAAUUCAACAUUGGAAAGCAUUUGUGAAGGCGUGCCAAUGGUUUGUUGGCCUUUUUUUGGUGAACAACCAACAAAUUGUCUUUACAUUUGUACCAAAUGGGAAAUUGGAAUGGAGAUUGAUAAUAAUGUUAAAAGAGAUGAAGUAGAAGGGCUAGUAAGGGAGUUAAUGGAGGGAAGCAAAGGAAAGGAAAUGAAGGAAAAGAUCAUGGAAUGGAAGGAUAAAGCAGAUAGGGCUACAAAGCCUGGUGGGACAUCUUACAACAACUUCAAAUUGCUGGUAAAUCACCUAAGAGGGGAAUCUCGUGCCCAAAAGCCUUAGCUCAUUUCAUCACUCCAACCCAACAAUGCCUAAUUUCCAGAUUUUAGUUAAAGGUAACUUGCAAAUAUGCAGUAAUCAAGAAAAUGCAUGCAUGUUGGCCUGUACCUAAUUAUCCAGAUUUUAGAUAAAGGUUACUUGCAAGUAUGCAGCAACCAAGAUAAUGCAUGCACGUUUCCUAUUCUCAUGGCUUGAGCUUCAACUUAUCUUGUGGGAUCGACUUCUGCCCUGAUCAAGUAAAUUUGGGCUGAUUCCAAUUUUGCAUCUUUGAUGCUUAA